AUGCCACCAGUAGUUACAUCACCAACAAGUACAUUUCCAGGAGAUCCACCAUCGGUCCACCAAGUCAUACCUGCAACAUCUCCAUCUGAACUACCAACACCUGUCAUCUCUCCCUCAUUAACACCUUCCAGAAGCUUCAAAGGGAAAAACGGUGGAGAACCUGUUUCUGCGCCUUUGUACAAAACACCGAAGUCACCACCAACUUUAGUUCAUUCCCCUGCUCAAGAUCCUUCUCCUUCUGAACAUAAAGCAAGGCCAUCACAUCAUGCUCCUGAGCCACUUAUUUCACCUCCUAAAUCUCCUUUCAACAAAGAAGAUCAUUCUCCUGCAUCUUCACCUUCUACUGCAUUUUAUAAGCAUCAGCGUACACGGAAUACGAUAACCAGCCCAACUCCUGCAUCAUCAUAUUUUGUUUCUCCUCCCACUUCAAAACACCAAAACCAAAGCCAUAACCACCCUAAUUCUCAGCAUCAACAAGAGAUUAUGGUGAACUAG